GGAGGAGCCUCGGGCCAGCGGGCCGGCGCCGCGGGGACAGCAGGACGCCUCGGGCCGCCGCGCUUCCUCGGGGCUGCGGGGCCGCCAAGCCUCGGCGAACGCCCGCCCGCCGGCGCCGCCCCCGAGCGCUCGGCCGGAGCUGCGGCCCGGGCGGGAGGCGGCGGCCGGGGCGAGGCGAGGCGAGGCGGCCGGCGCCCUGCCUGUCAGGCCACCGGCCCGGCCUCCGAUGCGGAGGCGCUGCGGCCGGGGCCAUGCAGCAGGCGCCGCAGCCCUACGAGUUCUUCAGCGAAGAAAACAGCCCGAAAUGGCGGGGACUAUUGGUCCCGGCCCUGCGGAAGGUUCAGGAGCAAGUACAUCCCACCCUCUCAGCUAAUGAAGAGUCUCUCUAUUAUAUUGAAGAACUGAUUUUUCAGCUGCUUAAUAAGCUAUGCAUGGCUCAACCAAGGACUGUUCAAGAUGUUGAGGAACGAGUUCAAAAGACCUUUCCUCAUCCUAUUGAUAAAUGGGCAAUUGCUGAUGCACAAUCUGCUAUAGAGAAACGAAAACGAAGAAAUCCUCUCUUACUACCUGUGGACAAAAUCCAUCCUUCCUUGAAGGAAGUUUUGGGGUAUAAAGUGGACUACCAUGUGUCCCUCUACAUUGUGGCUGUAUUGGAGUAUAUCUCAGCAGAUAUUUUGAAAUUGGCUGGUAAUUAUGUUUUUAAUAUCCGGCAUUAUGAAAUAUCUCAGCAAGACAUUAAAGUGUCCAUGUGUGCAGAUAAGGUUUUGAUGGACAUGUUCGAUCAGGAUGAUGAUAUAGGCUUGGUUUCUCUCUGUGAAGAUGAGCCUUGUUCUUCUGGUGAGCUAAACUAUUAUGACCUCGUCAGGACUGAAAUUGCAGAAGAAAGACAGUAUCUACGGGAGCUGAAUAUGAUCAUUAAAGUGUUCCGGGAAGCCUUUCUCUUGGACAGAAAGUUGUUCAAGCCUUCUGAAAUUGAAAAGAUUUUCAGUAACAUUUCAGAUAUACAUGAAUUGACUGUGAAACUUUUAGGUUUAAUUGAAGACACAGUAGAAAUGACAGAUGAAAGUAGUCCUCAUCCAUUAGCUGGUAGCUGUUUUGAAGAUUUAGCAGAGGAGCAAGCGUUUGAUCCCUAUGAAACAUUAUCACAGGACAUUCUUGCACCAGAGUUUAAUGACCACUUCAGCAAGUUGAUGGCCAGACCUGCAGUCGCUCUACAUUUUCAGUCCAUUGCUGACGGCUUUAAGGAGGCUGUUCGUUAUGUCCUUCCACGCCUCAUGCUGGUUCCCGUGUAUCACUGUUGGCAUUACUUUGAAUUAUUAAAGUUGAAGGCAUGCAGUGAAGAGCAGGAGGACAAAGAGUGCUUGAAUCAGGCUAUAACUGCCCUCAUGAACCUCCAAGGCAGCAUGGACCGCAUUUACAAGCAGCACUCCCCCAGACGCCGGCCUGGGGAUCCAGUUUGCCUUUUUUACAAUCGUCAAUUAAGAAGCAAACACCUGGCUAUCAAAAAAAUGAAUGAAAUUCAGAAAAACAUAGAUGGGUGGGAAGGCAAAGAUAUCGGACAGUGUUGUAAUGAGUUCAUAAUGGAGGGGCCACUGACCAGAAUUGGUGCUAAACACGAAAGGCAUAUCUUUCUCUUUGAUGGCUUAAUGAUCAGCUGUAAACCCAAUCAUGGCCAGACCCGGCUUCCAGGAUAUAGCAGUGCAGAAUACAGAUUAAAGGAGAAGUUUGUCAUGAGGAAAAUUCAAAUCUGUGAUAAGGAAGACGCCUGUGAGUACAGACAUGCUUUUGAAUUAGUGUCCAAAGAUGAAAACAGUGUAAUAUUUGCUGCCAAAUCAGCUGAAGAGAAAAACAACUGGAUGGCAGCCCUCAUUUCCCUGCACUAUCGCAGCACUCUAGACAGAAUGCUGGACUCUGUGCUGCUGAAAGAAGAGAAUGAGCAGCCCCUGAGGCUACCCAGUCCAGAUAUGUAUCGCUUUGUGGUAACAGACUCUGAGGAAAACAUUGUGUUUGAAGACAACUUGCAAAGCAGAAGUGGGAUCCCCAUAAUUAAAGGAGGCACUGUGGUGAAGUUGAUCGAAAGGCUAACAUACCACAUGUAUGCAGAUCCCAAUUUUGUUCGUACUUUUCUUACUACAUAUCGUUCAUUUUGUAAACCACAGGAAUUGCUAAACUUGCUGAUAGAACGGUUUGAAAUUCCAGAACCAGAACCUACUGAGGCAGACAAGCUGGCGUUAGAAAAAGGCGAGCAGCCAAUCAGCGCAGAUCUGAAAAGAUUCCGCAAGGAAUACGUCCAACCUGUGCAGCUUAGGGUCUUGAAUGUCUUUCGCCACUGGGUUGAGCAUCAUUAUUAUGACUUUGAAAGAGACUUGGAACUGCUUGAAAGACUAGAAUCCUUCAUUUCAAGUGUAAGAGGGAAAGCCAUGAAGAAAUGGGUAGAAUCCAUUGCUAAAAUAAUCAAGAGGAAGAAGCAAGCUCAGGCAAAUGGAAUAAGCCAUAAUAUCACCUUUGAAAGUUCCCCCCCACCAGUGGAAUGGCACAUCAGUAGAACAGGACAGUUCGAAACAUUUGACCUUAUGACACUUCAUCCAAUAGAGAUCGCACGGCAGCUAACACUUUUGGAAUCUGACCUCUACAGGAAAGUCCAGCCCUCUGAACUUGUAGGGAGUGUCUGGACCAAAGAAGAUAAAGAAAUAAAUUCUCCAAACUUAUUAAAAAUGAUUCGCCAUACAACAAACCUCACCCUAUGGUUUGAGAAAUGCAUUGUGGAAGCAGAAAACUUUGAAGAACGGGUGGCAGUGCUCAGCAGAAUAGUAGAAAUUCUGCAAGUAUUUCAAGACUUGAAUAAUUUCAAUGGCGUGUUGGAGAUAGUGAGUGCAGUCAACUCCGUGUCAGUGUACAGGCUAGACCACACGUUUGAGGCACUGCAGGAAAGGAAGCGGAGAAUUUUGGAUGACGCUGUGGAACUAAGUCAGGACCACUUUAAAAAGUACCUAGUAAAACUUAAGUCAAUCAAUCCGCCUUGUGUGCCUUUUUUUGGAAUAUAUUUAACAAAUAUUCUGAAGACUGAAGAAGGGAACAGUGACUUUCUAAAGAGGAAAGGGAAAGAUUUGAUCAAUUUCAGUAAGAGGAGGAAAGUGGCUGAAAUAACUGGAGAGAUCCAGCAGUAUCAGAACCAACCGUACUGCUUACGGACAGAACCAGAAAUGAGGAGAUUCUUUGAAAACCUCAACCCCAUGGGAAUUUUAUCUGAAAAAGAGUUUACAGAUUAUUUGUUCAACAAAUCAUUAGAAAUCGAACCCCGAAACUGCAAACAACCACCUCGAUUUCCUAGGAAGUCAACCUUUUCCUUAAAAUCUCCUGGAAUAAGGCCCAAUGCUGGCCGCCAUGGCUCUACCUCAGGCACGCUACGAGGUCACCCAACGCCUCUGGAAAGAGAGCCUUAUAAGAUAAGCUUUAGCCGGAUCGCUGAGACAGAGCUAGAAUCAACAGUGUCUGCACCAACCUCCCCCAACACUCCAUCCACCCCACCAGUGUCUGCUUCUUCAGACCACAGCGUGUUUCUAGAUGUGGACCUCAAUAGCUCCUGUGGCAGCAACACCAUCUUUGCUCCAGUCCUCUUGCCACACUCAAAGACUUUCUUCAGCUCAUGUGGAAGUUUACACAAACUGAGUGAAGAGCCACUAAUUCCUCCUCCGCUUCCCCCUCGGAAAAAGUUUGAUCAUGAUGCUCUCAAUUCCAAGGGAGCUGUGAAAUCUGAUGAUGACCCUCCUGCUAUUCCACCAAGACAGCCCCCUCCUCCGAAGGUAAAGCCAAGAGUUCCUGUCCUCAUGGGUACAUUUGAUGGGCCUGUGCCCAGUCCACCUCCACCUCCUCCAAGAGACCCUCUUCCUGAUACCCCUCCACCAGUUCCUCUUCGGCCUCCGGAACACUUUAUAAACUGUCCAUUUAAUCUUCAGCCGCCUCCACUGGGCCAUCCUCACAGAGACCCAGACUGGCUCAGAGACGUCAGCACGUGUCCUAACUCACCAAGCACUCCUCCCACUACGCCCUCUCCACGGAUUCCACGCAGCUGUCACUUGCUCAGCUCCAGUCACAGCAGCCUUGCUCAUCUUCCAGCUCCUCCUGUCCCACCAAGGCAGAAUUCAAGCCCUCUCUUACCAAAGCUGCCACCAAAGACUUACAAACGGGAGCUUUCCCACCCGCCACUGUAUAGACUGCCUCUGCUGGAAAAUGCAGAAACUCCUCAAUGACCUUGGCCAUAUGUAGUCAUUGACACUGGAAUAGUAUUUGUAAAGGUUUUUAAUUUAUUCAAAAAGACAUAGUAUUUUAGUACUUUUUACAGAAAUGCUACUGAUUAAAUAAGCUCUUAAGAAUUAGUAAACUUGUUGGAUGGCAGUGGCCCACAGCUGUAAUCCCAGCACCCUGGUUGCAGGGGCAGGUGGGCUUCAGGGUUUGAGAGCAGCCUGGUCUACAGAGCAAGUCCCAGGACAGCCAGGGCUACACAAAAAAACCUUGUCUCAAAAGUCAAAAUACAAACAAAAGAGAGAAAAGGAAGGAAGGAAAGAAUUUGAAAUAUUAAAAUGCAAAAGCCCUUCACCAUAGCCCCCAGGUGAUCAGCAGCAUUGCUUCCUCGGCUCCCCAGUGCUGCCCUAGGCCAGUAUAAAGACUCUGUAUUGCACUGUAGACUCUGCUAGCAGACGGCACUGAGAGGAGCCAGCGCUCGAGGGCGUUCUCACGCCUGACUGAUAGAUACCUUUUUAGGGUGAUGAACUUACACAGAUGCAGAAGAUAUGGGGUGGUGGUCCUGGGUUUUAACCCUCUGACCGUCUUCUAGCUUCUAAUUUUGUUUGGUUUUUACAUCUAGGAGACUUAGGAAUAAUACCCACUGUUCUUAAACUCUUUGAGACCAUGUCUUAAAUGUCAGUAUUUGCUGCUGAAGACAAAAACGGAAAAUAGAAUGAAAUAAUAGAAUGCACUGUGUUUAUUAUUUUGUUAAAAUUAUAAACAGUUCUACAUAACCUGAUUAUAGAAGAAGGGCAUGUGUUCAUUAAGAUGUGCCUUUUGUUUUGCAGUGUAUGGUGUUUAGCUAAUCAUUGUUUAGCUAAUGAUUUGCCUAUUAUUUGGGAAGACAAAAUUAAUAUGCCAUAUAUGUACAGUUUAUUUAUAUUGUAUAUAUUUAAAGAUAAUGCUAAUAACCUCUAUAAAUGUAAGUGACUUGAGGCCUAUAAUACAAUCUGCUAUUUGACUAAUUUGUAAGUCUGGAACAAAAGUGUCUUAUGGCAUAAGAACCAACUGCCAUUGUCAAACCUAUUAACUGUCUUUAAUCUCGUGUUAACUGAAAUUUUUGAAAAGUUUUUCCAGAUUAGUAAUAUUUAAACAGAAAAUACUUUAAAAAGCUUUAUUAAAUUUUUUAAUCAGGAUAAAGCUUUGCCAUUUGGAUACUAUCAUUCAAAGUGAUCAAGGUAUGUAUGUUAUGCUGAUAGUGCAGUAGCAGCCAUUGUAAAGUAGCCAAAAGCCACGUUGUUUAUCUACUGGUCUGUGGCCUUUUACUGUGCUUUGUAUCAGAGUUCUUAACAAGAUUAAUAAAUCACCUCAGUCUUAAUUUGUAAAAG